AUCAGAAGCCUCUUUCCCUCAACGAGUCCGGAGCGCCGCGCCCCAGUCUGUGAGACGCGUACCGACAGAAACAAACGGUUGCAGAAAGAAACAGUGGAUAAAAUCUCUCCAACGGUGAAAAACCUCGCGCUCUCCGUCCGUCCUCGAGUUGCUGUCCACUCUAGCCGCGCGUCCAGACCCGAAUAAGCGUGUGUGAUGAACGGAGAUUCAGGUGCAGGGGUGGUGACGGCCCCCCCGCCCACCAACCCCCCUCAUAAGGAGCGCUAUUUCGACCGCGUGGAUGAGAGCAGCCCGGAGUACCAGAGAGAGAGGAACAUGGCGCCGGAUCUUCGGCAGGACUUCAACAUGAUGGAGCAGCGCAAGAGAGUCUCCAUGAUCCUGCAGAGUCCAGCGUUCUGCGACGAGCUGGAGUCUCUGAUCCAGGAUCAGAUGAAGAAAGGGAAAAACCCCACCAGUUUGCUCGCGCUGCAGCAGAUCGCUGACUUCAUGACCACCAGCGUCCCCACCAUGUACCCCGCCGCCCCGCAGGGAGGAAUGGCGGCCCUCAACAUGAGUUUGGGGAUGGUGACUCCAGUGAAUGAUCUGAGGGGUUCCGACUCCAUCGCUUAUGAGAAAGGAGAGAAGCUCUUGCGCUGUAAACUUGCUGCGUUUUACCGCCUGGCCGAUCUUUUUGGCUGGUCUCAGCUCAUCUACAACCACCUGACGGUCCGGCUGAACUCCGAACAGGAGCGUUUUCUGAUCGUCCCUUUCGGGCUUCUGUACAGUGAAGUCACUGCCUCCAGUUUGGUGAAGAUUAACCUGCAGGGGGAGAUCGUAGACAGAGGCAGCACUAACCUGGGUGUAAAUCAGGCUGGGUUUACCCUUCACUCCGCCAUCUAUGCUGCCCGGCCGGACGUCAAGUGCAUAGUUCACAUUCACACGCCCGCUGGUGCCGCGGUGUCUGCAAUGAAGUGCGGCCUGCUGCCCAUUUCGCCCGAGGCUCUGUCGCUGGGGGAGGUGGCCUACCACGAUUACCACGGUAUCCUGGUGGACGAGGAGGAGAACGUCCUCAUACAGAAGAACCUGGGUCCCAAGAGCAAGGUGUUGAUUUUGAGGAAUCACGGUCUGGUGUCUGUUGGAGAAACAGUCGAAGAGGCAUUUUACUACAUUCACAACCUGGUCACAGCCUGUGAGAUUCAGGUGCGCACCCUCGCCAGCGCAGGUGGUCCCGAUAACCUGGUGAUGCUGGACCCAACCAAAUAUAAAUCCCGCCUACGCCACCUCGAGCCGGUUGGAGACGGGUCGAGCUCGCACCCGAAGUGGCAGAUCGGGGAGCAAGAGUUUGAGGCUUUGAUGAGGAUGCUGGAUAAUCUGGGCUACAGGACUGGUUAUCCGUACCGUUGCCCGUCGCUGCGCGAUAAAGCUAAAAAGUACAGUGACGUUGAGAUUCCCCCGUCAGCCACGGGCUACUCAUACGCAGAGGACAGUGACUCGGGUGCGCGCUCCCCGUUAAAGCACAGCUUUCAGCGGCAGCAGCGGGACAAGACCCGCUGGCUAGCCGCCGGGCGGCCCGACGAAUCGGCAGAAGAGGGGCAGGACGGCAGCGGUAGCCCCAAGGCGAAGACUAAGGUGUGGACGAACAUAACACACGAUCACGUCAAACCCUUGCUGCAGUCUCUCUCGUCCGGUGUCUGCGUGCCAAGCUGUAUUACCAACUGCUUGUGGACUAAGGAGGACAGUCUCCGACAGGCUGCUGUGGCCAAUCAGUUUGUCCCGCUGAACACCAACCCCAAAGAAGUCCAAGAGAUGCGCAACAAGAUCCGUGAGCAGAAUCUGCAGGACAAAAAGACGGCAGGUCCUCAGUCGCAGGUGCUCACAGGUGCCGUGGUGGACCGUUCCUUCGUCCAGAGAGUGACUAUAUGGCACGACGCUCCUCUCUCUGACUGUACGGACUCUAUUGAUGGCAUUGACCCUUCAGAGAGCUUUAGUCCCUCUAGGUCUAUUCGAAAGGGGGAGCUGGUGACCGCGUCUAAAGCCAUCAUUGAGAAGGAGUACCAGCCGCGCGUCAUCGUCAGCAAAACUGGUCCAAACCCCUUCAACAAGCUCACGGACCAGGAGCUGGAGGAGUAUCGCAGGGAAGUGGAGCUUAAGCAGAAGGGCCCAGAAGAACAGGUGGAGGAGUCGCGCUCGGCCCCUGAGGAGGCCCAGACUCCAGACGUCACAUCCACGCGGGAGAGCGAGGAUCCUCAGGCCACCGCGGCCCCUCCGCCCUCUAUAAUCGAGUCGGGCCGCUCUUCGGGUCAGGACAGUCCGGCGGAUGCUCCCGGAUCCCCUCAUAAAGAGUUUCACUCCGCGGUGCUAAAAGCUCUGGGCUGUGAGGCCGAGUCUGAGCGUGACGGGUCGUCUGCAGGUCAGACGCAGGAGGUCGAAGAGGGGAAAGUUCCCAGCACCACCUGCACUCCUCCCAGCUCACCUGUGCGUGUAGAAGAAGAGGCGCAACAGGAACAGACGUUCAAAGACGAGAGUGACGCCGCCACUUUAAGACAGACCCUUCCCGAUCUGACCCCCGACGAAGCCUCCGACGUCGCCGCCGCCCUCCCCGCAGAAGACCCCGCCCCUGGACAGACCGACUCCGCCCCUCAGCCUGAGGGGGAGGAGCCUGUCGCCGGGGACGACGCGGCUGGUGAUCACGGCAGUGACGAAUCGCCCAACAAAUCCCCGUCAAAGAAGAAGAAAAAGUUUCGCACCCCGUCGUUCCUAAAGAAAAACAAAAAGAAGUCUGAAACCCAGUGAGGAAGCUUUGCUCAGGCGUUCGGCAAUACCUUUUCUUUAAAUCGAUUUGUUUUUGUACCGUGUUCACAUUUAGCGCGUCGACCUUUUUAUCAUUUGUCGUUUUUCUUUUAAUAAAUGCUGGCUGAAGUGCACUUUAAAGUGCAGCUGGUUUAGCAUGUUCCACACGACAUGCUUUUAUAAAGAAAAUCUGAAUACCAGUAACCACUAUAAUGUAUCAGGUGAAGAACUGACGAAAGAGUCGGCGCUCGAGUAAAAUCUUGGCUCUGCUGCAUGUUUAGGGUUUCUCGAAUUACGUCUAUAACCAUCAAAAAAAACAAACAAACCUGGAGUGAAAUAUUCAUAACAUCUCAAACGAACGGAGUGAAAAAACAUGCUCCGAUCGGCUCGAAUUAGCGCUUCGGAUGGGAGAAUCUCACAAAACCUGUUCGUCACACAUUUACCCCCGAAGUCAGUGUUUUUUUAGUGUUCUUUAAAGCAAGCGAAGCCUUCAUUGUGAUGUUUUCAUAGCAAAUGAGCACACUUUCCUCCUAAUACUCUGCUGAAUGCAUGCUUUUAGCCCGAAAUUAGGGGUCGAGAUGUGCGUGAUUGCUAUGAAUCUAAUCUAACGCAAAUCGUUUACUAAGUUCACGUUUAAUUUUUUUUUAUGCAAUGUUUUUUUUUGUUUGUUCAUGAAAUAAUUUUGUCUGUAUGUAAACAUCUAUUGUAAUGUACUAAACACAAACAGCUUUCCCUUUCAUGUAAAGGUCGUGACUUUUUACCCUGCAGUAAUAUGAAUGAUUUACGUUCGCUUUUGCUUAAAUAUAUAUAUAUUUUUAGGUCAUUUUAAGCUCUAGUUUGUUUAGUUUCACUCAAACGCGACACUAUUAAACAUCUCGUGUAGCUCAUGGGUCUCCGUUAUUAAAGAUGAUGAUUAUAUGGUUUGGUUUUCAUACUGUGUGUGUGUGUGUGUGUGUGUGUGUGCGUGCGUGCGUGCGUACGUACUCAAGCAUCCCGAAUGAACACCAAACAGCGUCUCUUAGUCACAAAGUAAUGGCCAAUUCAUAUUUCAAACCAAAUUUAGUUAUUUUGCAUACGCACACAAUAAUGAAAAUGUUGGUUUUUUUUUUUCCAUUUUAGAGGGAAAAUAUGCAAAACAUUUUAUGCGAUUAAACCGUUUUUCAAAAUAAGCUGAAUUAUGACUUGUACGUUUCUUUACGGAUUUUGUGAGAUUGUCGAAAGACUGGCCUGUGCAGUACUUCUCUUUAAUAUGAUGGUUACGAAUUGCCGUCGAGUUUAACGCAUUAAAAAGGCGGAAAGGACUGAAAUACUAACCUGAUCUUUAAUUUCCGAUGGUGCUUUGGGCUUGUACGGAUGUGAAUUCUGGGCCGAUGUGAAGCCGGCGGAGCGGUUUGAGCGUUUGCUGAAGGACUGCAUGGCAUUAUGGGCUUUCGCUUGUGUUGUUUGUCCCUUGAUCUGUUGAUCCUUUCAGCUGUUCUUCAUUUUUAGUUUCUGUUGAAUCUAAAUGCUGUUCUUUUUUUCUCCCUCCCAGAACAAUUGUAUGUAAUACAAUUUUAAAACCACACUUCGUUUGUUUUUUUUUCAUGGUACUCUUUAUUUUGCAACCAUGAAUAAAACUCCAUCUUUAAAAAUCA